AUGGGCUUCCGGUACACUUUCCUGGGCGUAGCGACCGCUGUCGCACAAGUUGUGCUCAAUUUGAGUCCAAUUCCAGACAUCACUCGAGUUCACCGACAUCAGAGGAUCGGGGAGCUGGCCGCUCUCCCGCUAGUUGCUAUGGUUGUCAACUGCCACUUCUGGUUGGUGUACGCCCUCGUCACGGAUAGCAUGUUCCCUCUAUUCGCGACUCAAGUCUUCGGCCAGCUCGCUACAAUCGCGUACAACAUUAUCUACUAUCGCUGGAGCGUGCCAGAGAAGCAGAAGGAAUUGCGAAAGCUAUACGCGUGGGCGUUUGCUGCACACUGCGCUCUCUCGCUGUACACAAUUAUUGGCUUAUUGGGCGCAACAAAUCAGUCCAACUCUGAGGUUGGCACGUGUCUCGGCUGCGUUGGUAUCGUCAUCGACGUCUGGAUGUUCGGGUCCCCACUGGGUACACUGAAACACGGGAUGGAGACGAAAUCGGCCGCCUCUAUUCGGAUCAACUUGAGUCUCAUGCUCUUCGUAUCAACGACAUUGUGGGUCGUCUCUGGUAUGGUAGACAGCGACUACUUCGUAGCGGGUCUGAACGCGAUCGGAUCACUGUUAAGCAUCAUCCAAAUCGUGUUCUACAUGAUCUACAGACCAACAGGAGACGGGGAUUUGACACAAGAGGAGACAAUCGAACACGAUGAUAAAGUGUCUGUUGUCGUCACACCUACUGCUCGGACUAAAACCCCAGCGUUGUCCAUUCAGAGCCCAGUGUACAAGACGAUGGUGUCGCCAACAACUAGUUGAAACCUAUUUCAACAAUCAUUGUUUCGAAACGAAAAUGUAAGUCUAUUUUUCACAUUUACCCGAAAUCAUCAAAUUCGCACUUUAUCUAUUGGAGAUGCCAUGGACU